CCCUCCAUCAUCACCCACCUUCCUUCUGAAGACAGGUCAGACACCUGUGAACUGUGGCUGAGCUAUGGUCGGUCAGGUGUCCAGGAGUCAGCCCUCGGACUACAAUGGCACUGCUCAUCAGACACCCUGUCCUACAAGCAUCGCACGAUGGAUUGCUCAAGCCAGUUCUGCUAGAGAGAGUGCUUGUACUGACAUCUGUACUGCUCAGAAGAACAACACGAACAUGAUGAAUAAGACACUUUGUACACCUAAUAAGGGAUUCUAUGAAAACAAACUACUACCUGCUGUUUACAUCUUGGUUUUCUUCAUUGGGCUGGUAGCUAAUGGAUGUGGAUUUAAGUCCUUGCUGAACAAAUGGAAGAAGCUGGGGAAGAUUAAUGUGUUUGUUCUCAACCUGGGACUUGCCAAUAUCUUGUACCUGCCCACGCUUCCAUUUUUGGCAGCAUACUACUUGAUGAAAAGUAGAUGGAUCUUUGGAGAUGCGUUCUGUAAGAUAACAAGAUUCUGCUUCAACCUCAAUUUAUACGGCAGCAUCAGCUUCCUCACCUGUAUAAGUGUGUACAGGUACCUGGCUAUUGUUCAUACGAUGAGAGUGAAGGGAAAGAUCACUGUCACUCACUCUGUGGCUAUCUCGGUCGUGACUUGGUUCCUGGUGAGUGUUCAGAGUCUUCCUGACAUGUUCUUCCCCAAGAACUUCAUAAACAGUACUGGAAAAUGCUUUCACACCACCUCCACAGACCAUGUUGAGGAAUACCUGAAAUACAGUCUUGGAUGGACACUCACUGGAUUUUGUAUCCCAUUCCUCAUCAUCCUGGGCUGCUAUGGACAUGUGAUCGUUGUUCUCUGCCGCACUAACACAAUUGACAAGGUACUGAAACAAAGAAGCUUGAAGUUGUUGUUUAUCUUGGUUCUUCUCUUCUCUGUUUGUUACAUCCCCUAUCAUGUAUUCAAGAACCUGACGCUCUGGUCAAGAGUUUCAUCAAAAAAAAAUCCAUGUCGUAAAUGGGACAGCGCAGUCUUUGGUGCUCAUCAAAUAAGUCGUGGCCUUGUAUGUCUGAACAGUGCUCUGAACCCUCUAGUUUACCUCCACAUGUUGAAUGUUCGGGCUCAGCUCCGACAGCUGCUCCAGCAAUUGAGUAAGAUGUUUAAUCAUCGGUUUGUGUCAGACUCCAACAGUGUACCUGUGUCACAAAGUUUAGAUGAAGUUUAAUAGGAGUAAAGACUUUAAUGUGAAUUGUUUCACAAAAGGUCAAACAGAUUCUUGUACAUAAGUGUAUUCGUCAGACCCAUAAAUUAGACAGUUUUUCUCUUAAGUCUCGUAAUGAGUGCAUCUUCUUUCUUUUUGUGUAAGAGGAUCUAUUUUCAUUUCUGCUUGUCAUGGGUCUGCGGCUAUAAGCUAAAUAUAUUAAAAAUAAAGAGGAACAAAAACUAAACUAAACUUGCAGAUGCGGUGUAAGAGUCUUUAAGUACACCCACACACAUUUUCAGAUGUAUGGUUUAUGAUUUUGUUUUAAAACAAGAACUUAAUAGACAAUAUUUUCCUAUUACUGAACUGUGAGAAAAAUGAUUCUACAUCUCAUGUGAUCUAAACAUCUAGUUGCUAUUUUGUCACUGCAUCUAAAGUUUAAACCUUAAAUGGCUACUUCCAUAUUGAAAAAAAAUGUACCAUGGAGUUUUCUUCUCAGUAAUUUCAGCCAUCUAAGACAUCAUAGAUAGAAUGACCAACACCACUUGUCCUCACGCCAGUUGUGACUUGGAGCAUGGAUGUCUUCCUCCUGCUUGUAGCUUUGUAUUCAUCGUCGUGUCUGCUCACGCUUCCAUUUCUGAUGGCGAAAUGUCUUAUGAAAAGUACAUAGAUCUUUGAAGAUCCAUGUUCCUUGUUCUGUGGUAGGUAACAAGAUUCUGUUUCAACCUUUAUUUAUACGGCAGCAUCGACUUCCUCACCUGUACUAGUGUGUACUGGUACCUGGCCAUUGUCCAUCCAUUAAGAGUGUCGUGGCCUAUUUGUCUGUGUCAGAUCCCAGCUCUGUCACUAAUUAAGUUUAAUCCAAGCAAACUUGUUGCUGUAUAUACUAAAAUAAUUCUGUCACUAUCUGUAUUAGGUGCCAGUUCACAUGUAGAUCAAAGUUGUUAUCGAUGUUGUUUUAUUGUUUAGCACAUCUACCAUGUUGCAACAAUGAAUUGUGUUUGUGAUAAAUUAUGUUCAAAAAUCUAAUGACUGUCACAAAACACAUUAUUCACCCAAAUUCUUUUUCAGACCAGAUCUCAACAAAAAGUGUUUUGUGGUUUUAAGACUAUAUUGUAUAUGUUAGUGUGAAUAGGGACAUGUGUGGGUAUCAGCUGUGGGUUUGCGCUCCACCCAGUACUUCCUACUGUUGUUAUUUUUGCAAAUAUGCAAGCAUUAGUACACUCAAGAAGAGGGUCUGUAAUAGUUUUUGUUCAGAGAGCAUAUUGUCUGGGAGCUGAAUGAGAAUGAGAGGUUGAAGCCUUUACUGAACAUUGCAAACACAGGAAACAACCCCCCCCCCCCACCCCUGUGCCUUACUGUUGCAUGUUCUAAUAUUUGUGAUGCAAGUUUGAAAAUAAAUGUUUUGGGUCGCUGGGUUUUUCCUGUCUGACUCA